ACGCCAUCAACAAAAGUUAAGAGUUUCAAUUUUUCGAGACUUCGAGUUUCGCGCAUUUUAUGCCUUAUGGCCGGUCUAUUUGUGUGUUGACCAUGAAUACGGAAUACCUUGAAUGCAAUAGGUGUUUUUAAUUAAAAGAUUGGUAUAAAAAAAUUAAUGGAACUUCUCGUUUUCAUGUAUCAAUCAGAUUAACAUUCUUAAUUUUAAGGAAAGUUUUAGCUGAUUAAAUUUUAGCUUGAUUUGGAACAUGGGAGCUUUGAUUUUUAGCUUGAUUUAAGGCACUCAUGCUGCAAUGGCCGAUUUUUCCUUUAUGCACGUAGCCGGAACAAUCACGUAGCCUACUAGUUGAUUUAAAUAAUUUAAUGUAAUGUAUAGUAAUCCCUGUGCCAUUAUCCCCAUAUUAUUAUUUAGUAUUUACAAAUAUCACCAUACCGUGCUGCUCUAUGUCUUUCAUUAGUUUAAUCGUAAAAUGCGCAUUAAAACAUAACAGGGGUAGUGGCCGAAGAAAUCGAAUUUGAUUGCCCCCCUUCCUCCUUUAAUGCCUCAUCAUAGCGGGAGACAAUGAAAAAUGGCGGCAAUCUCCGUCAAUUUGGACCUCUUGUGGGGAAAAGGAAAACUUUUUGUUUCGCAAGAUGUUUCGCUCUUUAGUAUGCCCUCCGGCAUUUGGUACCGCGAAACGGUCCCAAAAUUUUGGUCCGUUUCGCACAGCUUUUCCGCAUUUUAGGCGUUUCGCGUUUCGCGUUUCGCUUUCGCAGUUUAGGGACGCCCUGUAAAUUAUCAUUUAUCGUCACUUAUCAUAUCUUUUCGUCUGAUAAUAUAACGCCAUCUAUCAUCUUUAAUACGAAUUAGUUUUUUCGUUUUGUAAACACGUGGAAAAAUGUUAAAAUGACUUAAAUGAGUGGUAUGAAUUGGAGGUAGAACGAAUUUAAUCGGAAUAACUGUGAUCUGUGUACAAGUGAAACGUUAUACAACCUUUUCAACUAGUAUUCGUUUUAAGAAUUUGGAUUUGUGACGAAAAUGACGAAGCAUCUCGAGGGAGUUAUGGAUAGGAAGUUUUAUGAUUUGUCUGAAGCAUACAAAUCACGCGGAGAACUUGUCUUCGAUAAUAACAUUGCAACGCAAAGUGAAGUAGAAAAUUCUGGAGUUCAAUUUCCCCAAAAGCAGGAUGGUAGAACUUGCCAAACUGAGGGACCUGAUUUUGAGACAUCACCUAAGUUAGCAGCCUUCAUCGAUGAAAAUAUCAUUGGAAAAAAAAAUUAUUUUGUGAGUCCUUUCGGAAAGAGAAAAGUAGUUUACUGUGAUUACACUGCCUCAGGAAAGUCGUUGCAUUGCAUUGAAAACUAUAUUAUGAAUGAAGUCCUACCUACAUAUGGAAAUACCCACACAACUACUUCAGUAACUUCUUUGCAAACAACUCUGUUUCGUCAUGAGGCUAGAGAAAUCUUUAGAAAUGCACUUGGAGCAUCUGAAGAUGAUGCUGUGAUAUUUGUAGGUAGUGGCUGUACUGGAGCCGUUCACAAGCUAAUCAAUGGACUGGAUCUCACCGAACCACCAAUUGUGUUUGUAGGUGCCAAUGAACAUCAUUCCAAUCUUAUACCAUGGAGGGAAAUAGCGGCAAAAGUCGUUCGUAUCAAGGAAGAUUCAAAUGGCCUUCUGGACAUGUCUGAAUUGGAAUUUUCAUUGACAACAGCAAAAAAAGAGAAUCGGAAAAUGAUUGGCUGUUUUUCUGCUGCGUCUAAUAUUACUGGUACUUUGUAUCAGGAUAUGCAGAUAACCGCACUACUACGUCGAUUCGGAGCUCUUUCUUUCUGGGAUUACGCGACGGCUGCUCCAUAUGUCAAAAUAGCUAUGAAUCCCACCACUGUUGAUUAUCCAUCAGGUGUUGCUCAUAAGGAUGCGAUAUAUUUCUCUAUGCACAAAUUUGUUGGUGGCGUACAAACUCCGGGGAUCCUCGUUGUCAAGAAAUCUCUACUUCAAAAUCAUAUUCCCAACGGUGCUGGAGGAGGGACUGUAUUCUUUGUAGACAGAGAAGCUCAUCUGUAUUUGCGCGAUGCAGAAAUGAGAGAAGAAGGGGGAACUCCAGCUAUUGUGGAAAGUAUUCGAGCUGGUGUAGUGCUAAAAUUGAAGGAAAAUGUCACAUCUGAGUGGAUUAUGGAGCGCGAAGAAGACCUCGUUCAACUCGCUUAUUCAAAAUGGAAAAGCAUUCCGGAACUUAUUCUGCUUGGAAGUACAAAAGCACCGCGGUUGGCGGUUUUUUCGUUUAUGGUUCGUAAUUUAACUACUGGAUAUUAUUUACACCACAAUUUCGUUUGUGCUUUACUGAACGACAUGUAUGGAAUCCAAGCUCGUGGAGGCUGUGCUUGCGCCGGCCCGUACGCUCAAGAUUUACUUGGAAUUGACGAAACUCUCUCUCAUCGUUAUCAAGAAAUUCUGGUCGAAGAUAACCGUUUGGACAGAACACAUCUGCGGCGUAAAGAAGAGCAUUCAUGCUACGAAAUUCUCCGUCCGGGGUUUGCACGCUUAAAUUUACCUUACUUUGCUUCCGAUUCGGAAGUCGAAUUUAUCAUAAAUGCAGUUAUUGCUGUUGCUAAAAACGGCUGGACCAUGUUGCCUCAUUAUCAAAUGAAUGCCGAAACUGGCGAAUGGCAUCAUCACACUCAGUUGUCAUUCAAGAAUCGAAAGUGGAUUGGCAAUAUUGACUUCAAUCUAGGCCAUAUGAUAGUCCGCCAUCCUAGAGUUCCUGACACGCAAAAUGCACCGACCGACUACGACGAUUGCCUAAGACAAGGAGAAGAAAUUUUUGCACGAGCUUUGCAAGUGACUUCAACGAUGAUUAUUCCAGAUCAGCGGCAAGGUUUCAAUACUGAAGCGUCUGAGCUCCGAUGGUUUCUUUUGUCAAGUGAAGCCAAAGAUCUUCUUAGUGGAGUUGUACUGCCAAAGAUCGUGACACCUUUCCAUCCACGAGAAUAUGCCUCUAGCACCCAUGAAUACCAUUUACAACAUUACUCCACCGUUCCGUCCCGUAGAAAUGGGUCUAAAAUAUCUUCCGACGAAAUCACACCCAUGGUAGAACGGAACGGAGAUAGUGAAACGGAAAAAGACAGAAGUUACGUUGAAAGCAAGGAUAAUGAUAAGGACCGUUACGACGAUGAAUCUCCAGACGAAUCAGAAAGCUUCUUAAUGGAUGCUCUCAAUUUCGACGAUGAUGAAGAUGAAGAGUCGAGAGCACUGGCUAUGAAAACCAUUGCGAGGAAUGCGAGUUCACGACUGUGGAUGUCACCAAUGAAAAACAUUAUGAAACCGACAUUGGAGGCACUAUUGCGUUACAAGAUGAUCAGCAACGGUGAUCGUGUGCUCGUUUGCGUUUCUGGCGGAAAGGACUCGCUCUCUCUUCUACACACCCUUCGUCAGUACCAGAAACAGAGUAAAGGAUUUGGCAUUAGUUUUGAUAUAGGGGCCAUAACUGUUGAUCCUGGAAGCUCCUCGUAUGACCCUUCACCACUUAUUCCUUACAUGGAACAGCUUGGGAUUCCUUACUUCUAUGAGCGGCAAUGUAUCAUCACAAAAGCCAUGGAUAUCCCCGACGUCGAUUCUAUUUGCAGCUUUUGUAGUAGGCUAAAGCGAGGCCGAAUAUAUGCAACUGCGCGAAAUCAUGGUUUCAAUGUAAUAGCCUUAGGCCAACAUUUAGAUGAUUUAGCUGAGAGCUUUCUUAUGUCGACCUUCCACAAUGGACGCCUGAGAACCAUGAAAGCCGCUUAUGCUAAUCGCGAGAGAGAUUUAAAAAUCAUACGGCCGUUCGUCUACGUUCGGGAAAAAGAACUUCGCCAAUUUGCCAGCGAGACUCGUCUUCCAGUUAUACCAGAAAACUGCCCUGCUUGUUUCGAAGCUCCUAAGGAAAGACAUCGAAUAAAACAGCUUCUAGCUCAACAGGAACUACUCUUCCCCUGCAUUUAUCUCAACAUCAAGACUUCUAUUCUGCCCUUAAUGAGUAUUGAUCAACCCUUUGUCGAGAAGAAACUCUUUGGGAAACAAAGUUACAUAUAGAAAAAGGGUAAAAAGAGUGAGCGAAUUUGAAAUUGUUUUCAACCACUACGGUCUGAAAAAGAGGUUUUUUUUUAAAGCUUAACAUGGGAUAAAAUUGCUUUAGCAACAAUGAUUUUGUGGCUCAGUUAAAGAUACUUCGUGGUUAUUGUGUGUUGGUAUUAAUAAUACAUGAAAAUUUAAAGCA